UUACAAAGGGAGAUAAAGGAAUCUAUAAAUUUUGCAUUUACAAGAUCCUGCAACGAAGGCAUUGUAAGUUACUCUUUCUGGGCACCGCAGGUUCGAGCAGCACUGACGUUAAAGAAAACCGCAACGUGGACAACGUUCCCCCCAAGGACGGCGGUGGGCAAGGUGCCGGGGAGGGGACACAGCUCUCCAACGGCGGCAGCAGCAGCAGCCGAAAGCGUCCUUUGGAGGAAGGCAACAAUGGCCACUCCAAAUUUCGCCUGAAGAAGAGGAAGAAAACACCUGGCCCUGUUCUGCCAAAGAAUGCCCUGAUGCAACUUAAUGAGAUUAAACCUGGUUUACAGUACAAACUCCUCUCCCAGACAGGGCCGGUCCAUGCCCCCAUGUUCGUGAUGGCAGUCGAAGUCAACGGGCAGGUAUUUGAAGGGUCUGGCCCAACGAAAAAGAAAGCCAAGCUUCACGCUGCUGAAAAGGCUCUGCGGUCUUUCGUCCAGUUUCCAAACGCCUCCGAAGCACACCUGGCAAUGGGGAGGACUCUGUCGGUCAACACAGACUUCACCUCCGACCAAGCGGACUUCCCUGACACCCUUUUCAAUGGGUUUGAAACGCCCGUCCCUUCCGAUGCUUCCUUUUACCUAGGGUCCAACGGGGAUGGGUCCUUUAGCUCUAGCGGGGACUAUGGUUUGCCGUCGUCUGCUGUAGCCAGCAACCUUUCCCAGUCUCCUCUCCCCACACCACCAUCGCCCUACCCCUCCGCCAGCGGGAAGAACCCCGUCAUGAUCCUCAACGAGCUGCGGCCGGGGCUGAAGUACGAAUUUCUCUCGGAGAGUGGGGAGAGCCAUGCCAAAAACUUUGUCAUGGCUGUGGCGGUGGGCGGUCAGACUUUUGAAGGCUCGGGAAGGAAUAAAAAGUUGGCAAAAGCUCGGGCUGCUCAGUCGGCCUUGGCAUCCUUGUUUAACAUGCAGCUGGACCAGACCCCAUCUCGACAGCCCAUUCCCAGCGAGGGGCUCCAGUUACACUUGCCACAGGUUUUAGCUGAUGCUGUUGCACGCUUGGUUGUAGAUAGAUUCAGUGAUUUGACAGAAAAUUUCACCUCUCCACAUGCACGUAGAAAAGUCCUUGCUGGAAUUGUCAUGACAACAGGUACAGAUGUGAAAGAUGCCCUGGUAAUAAGUGUUUCUACAGGAACAAAAUGCAUCAAUGGUGAAUACAUGAGUGAUCGUGGUCUUGCAUUAAACGAUUGCCAUGCGGAAAUUAUAUCUCGCCGGUGCCUGCUUAAAUUUCUGUAUACACAACUUGAGCUUUAUCUAAGCAAUAAAGAAGAUCAACAAAAAUCCAUUUUUAUCAAAUCAGAGCGAGGCGGGUUUAAGCUGAAGGAGAAUGUGCAAUUUCAUCUCUAUAUCAGCACAUCUCCCUGCGGCGAUGCUCGGAUCUUCUCACCCCACGAAGCAGCACAAGAGGAUCAAGGGGACAGGCAUCCAAACCGCAAAGCCAGAGGACAGCUACGGACAAAAAUUGAAUCUGGGGAAGGGACCAUCCCUGUGCGCUCUACUACCACUAUCCAGACGUGGGAUGGCGUAUUGCAAGGAGAACGGCUGCUUACCAUGUCCUGCAGUGACAAGAUAGCGAGGUGGAACGUAUUGGGUAUUCAAGGAGCCUUACUUAGCCUCUUUGUGGAGCCAAUUUACUUCUCUAGCAUCAUCUUGGGGAGUUUAUAUCAUGGGGAUCAUCUAUCCAGAGCCGUAUACCAGAGGAUAGCAGAGAUAGAAGAUCUACCACCUCUUUAUACACUCAACAGACCUUUACUUAGUGGCAAGUAUCUAAUGGAGAAGGCCGUGCCGGUAACUAAGUCUGUUCCAGUAGCAAUGUGAUUUUUGCAGUUCUCAAAACCUCGCAAAUCAUGUACUGUGAGUAAAGUGCUUUCUGAUUACAACAGAGAAGUUAUGGGCUAAACCUAAUGUAGAUACUCAGUCAGAAGUACCAUAGCAAGGAUCCUUCAUUGAGUUAAAAAGCAUAAAGAACUAAGGGUAUGAACCUUUGGAUGCCGUUUCAUGUAAUUGC